AUGGAUGAAGUCAAUAUUUCUGAAUAUAUUUUAGAGAAUGAGAAAACCGCCAAAGGCACAGUUAAGGAUGACGUCGCUGAUAGAGGUGAGCUGGGCCCUUGGCCGGCGUCGGCUUCGACAUUAACGCAACGUGUCUUGCAUUAUCUCUCAACAGCCGAGAACGAAACGCUUGUUAUUAUAAUCGGUGCACUGGCACUUGUCAUAUAUAUAAUAUUUGGGAGACUAGGUUUAUUACUCAUUGGACUAGUCGCUGGAUUCCUUUUCCAUGAGCUUUGGGAUGGUGUCGCAGAUAGGGAGUCGCCCCAUGGGGAGCGGUAUUCCAGGCAGGUCAGAAAGAGGAAGGAACUUGGCAUCGAGGUUGCUUCUCGGCUUCUCGACUGGAAUUUUCGGGCAGGAGAUCUAAAACUCAAUGAAGAUGCUGAAAAUGCCUCGAGAAACGAUUUGAAUUUCUCCGAAUUUCGUCCUGCCACCGCCGCGGCUCUUUCAAGCCUGACGGAUGCUGUGGUAACAGAAUAUGUAAAAUAUUGGUACCAACCUAUCCUUCCUGCCGAGGACUCGUUUCCCCUCAGCUGCAGAAAGACUUUGGUCAAUUUCAUCAACUCGUUGUCAUCACAUAUGACCCGCAAACGAUCGGCGGAUACAUUUCUCCAGUUUGUUACGAAUUCGAGUUCGAUGAUUAUUGUAUUUUUAAAUGAGCUAUCCUUGGCUCUAGAGACUGGCAGCACCGACUCUACCGCGACAGAAGAUGUUAUAAAAAACUAUCUGAAACAAUAUCCAGAAAGCAACUUGUCGAACGUGCUGUCUGUAGAUCAGCAACAGAAAAAACUCAAGAUGGUUGCAGAUGAUGUCCUUUCUUCUUUCCUCGAACCUUCAGUUUAUAAAUGCGAACCACUCAGGUUAUUCUUCCGUGAGAUAUUGGCCGGAGUGGUAUUGGAGUCUGUCAUAAAGAGCUGUUCACAACAGGAUUUCAUCAAUGGUUGGAUAGUGCAUUUGCUUCAGGAAGGCGAGCCGGAGAUUUUGAAUGCAAUUGAUGCCAGUUUGGAAAAUGCCCCGAAGGGCAAGGUAGUCUCUUCUGAAGCUGCCAUUGAUUCACCCCGUGCCUCCUCAAGCGAUAUGCCUGUCAAACUAGAGAGAACUGAGUCGUCAGAAAAGUCGCAUUCGUAUAAAAUGUUCACCGAGAAGAAUGUUUUACCAGACGAGUCGGCUGCUAUCAGUUCGCCAUUGGAUAUAAAAUCCGAGGUGACCGGGGCAGCAAUACCUGUCGAAGUAGAGCCGUCAGAAGGUAGCAACAGUAACGAUGGAUCGGAAUUCGUCGCAGUCGAACUCCCUGAGCGGAGCUCAAGUGAAUCGAAGAGUCCUGCUUAUGGACAGCAGGAUUAUGCAAUGCUCAGUCACUCCCUCUUUGGUGCAUCCGUAUUAAUUGAUGAUGGUUCUGUACCUGGAGAUAAGUCCGUGAUGAGAAAUAAACCAACAGCUGAGUAUUCGCUUCAAAUUGAACCUGUCUCGGCCCGCCAACCAGGGUGGAUGAUAUUUAGAAGUUACCAAGACUUUGAAUAUUUGCAUGAAGGCCUCUCAACUCUUUCGAGAUACCACAAUCUAUCAUUUUUGGACCGUCAUAUUUCUUUACCAGCUUGGCGUGGACAAACAAAAUACGUCCUCGCAAAAGCGCUUGAGAAAUAUCUUCGUGAUGUACUCCAAUACCAAGACCUCGUUAGAUCAGAACGUGUCCGGCGGUUUCUUGGAAGGGAUAGCGAUUGGAAUCAGGCGGCGUCGACAGCAAGCAAGGCUGGCCUUCCCUUGCGGGCAUCGAGCACAUUUGAGAACAUGGGCAAGGGCAUGUUGGGGGUUUUGUCAAAUGCACCAAAAGGAGUUGCUGGGGGAGGGAAGGCUGUUUUGGAUGGUAUGACAGGGGUCUUCGCAGGUCUGAACAAAAAAAGCACCAUUACAACUCCGAGUCAACCAAUAUCCUCGCACGUUGAUUUGGAUCACCAACGCCAUCCUAGUCAAGAUAACCUAGGGCGAUCACAUUCCUUGUCUGUUGCUAGUGAGACCCAGAUUGACAGGAAGUUGGUUAACCAACCCGUCGUUGAUUUAACGAGUACGGCACCUUCGUCGCCAUAUAUCCCAAGUGCCGAUAACUCAGCCGAUAUAUCGACUGAUAGAACUAUCACAGACACUCUAAACACAACAAGUUCGGCUUUGGCGGGACCUGAUACAAGCGUCGAAAAGGACAUUCUAGAAAGUACUGCGCAUCAAGAUAAUGAUAACGACACACAGCAUGAUCGACACGGGAGGAAAAGUUCUCAUGAAUUAGCAGAUAAAAAAACCGACUUAAUCAGCGCGUCCACAGGAAGCCCGAUCACCGAAGACGAAACCCGUAUUGCGGUUGAACUAAUUUUUGCUGUCAUAAAUGAAUUAUACACGUUGUCGUCCGCUUGGAAUAUACGGAGAACGCUCCUCAAUGCCGCAAAGACGUAUAUACUGCGCCCAGGAAAUCCUCAUUUGGAAUCAAUGCGGCUUUUAGUGCAGCAAUCAAUGAUUGACUCUCAUACCUCAGACGAAGCAAUUGCGGCUCAUGUUUCAAAGAUGAGAGAAAAUGCCCUUCCAACUGAGGAGGAGUUGAAAAUAUGGCCGCCUCCAUUGAAUGCGGAAGAGAGUGCAAAGCUCAAGACUGACGCCAGGAAAUUGCUCGUCGAAAGGGGCAUGCCUCAGGCUUUAAUGAGUGUGAUGGGUGCCGUGGCGACGGGGGAAGCACUUGCUAGGGUCUUUGAUUGUCUUCAAAUAGAAGAAGUUGGCCGGGGUCUAAUGUUUGCUUUGAUUUUGCAAGCCCUUCGAGCUCUUAUACUAUAG